CGAAAGCCACCGAUCCUGAACCAGCCGCUGGAGUCGGAGUGGCGACCCGGUGUGGAGCCGGCGGAGAGCCAUUGGGAAGAGGCCAGCUCCGGUCAGUCCCGGCUUGGCUCCAGCUCCAUCUCCUGUGGAGAGCAACAGCCGCGGUCGCAGUGUCCGCCUCCAUCGUCGUCGGGGGAGGGGCCGCUCGGACCCCGGGGUCACUGCCGAGGAAUGAGGCGAGGCGGCCGGGCCCCGCGCUCCGCCCCGGCCUAGAGCCUUGCCCUGAGAGUCGCGAGGCGUACCAGCCCGUGGAAAAAUCGCAAGACUAUGGCGGGGGUCUGCUCCCAAGCUUGUGGCCAGAGCCUGGAUUUUGAUCUAUGUUCUGCUCACAUCCUGCUGCCUGAGAGGACUUGAUGACCCCAUGACCCUGGACAUGGAUGCUGUCCUGUCGGAUUUUGUUCGUUCCACAGGUGCAGAGCCAGGGCUGGCUCGAGAUCUUCUAGAAGGAAAGAACUGGGAUGUGAGUGCUGCCCUCAGUGAUUUUGAACAGUUGCGCCAAGUCCAUGCUGGGAACCUGUCCCCACCCUUUAGUGGAGGGAGUACUUGCCCUAAGACCCCUGAAAAAGGGGGUUCGGAUAGAGAGCCCACUCGCCCUUCUCGGCCCAUCCUUCAGAGACAGGAUGACAUCAUUCAAGAAAAACGCCUGUCUAGGGGCAUCUCCCACGCCAGCUCCAGCAUUGUUUCCCUCGCUCGCUCCCAUGUCUCCUCCAAUGGUGGGGGUGGGGGGAGCAGUGAGCACCCCCUGGAAAUGCCCAUCUGUGCCUUCCAGCUUCCAGACCUCACUGUGUACAAAGAAGACUUCCGCAGCUUCAUAGAGAGGGACCUCAUUGAGCAGUCCAUGCUGGUUGCCCUGGAACAAGCAGGGCGUUUGAAUUGGUGGGUCAGUGUGGACUCUACCUGCCAGAGGCUGCUCCCUUUAGCAACUACCGGGGAUGGGAACUGCCUCCUGCAUGCUGCAUCUCUUGGGAUGUGGGGUUUCCAUGACAGAGACUUGGUGCUGAGGAAAGCGCUGUACGCACUGAUGGAGAAGGGGGUGGAGAAGGAAGCACUGAGAAGGCGCUGGAGGUGGCAGCAGACACAGCAGAAUAAAGAGUCAGGACUGGUGUAUACAGAAGAUGAGUGGCAGAAGGAAUGGAAUGAAUUGAUCAAACUUGCCUCAAGUGAACCCAGAAUGCAUCUGGGUACUAACGGAGCUAGUGGUGGUGGAGUGGAGAGUUCAGAGGAGCCGGUGUAUGAGAGCCUAGAGGAGUUCCAUGUCUUCGUCCUUGCUCACGUGCUCAAGAGGCCCAUAGUGGUCGUGGCAGACACCAUGCUGAGGGACUCCGGAGGGGAAGCAUUUGCCCCUAUCCCAUUUGGAGGGAUCUAUUUGCCAUUGGAGGUCCCAGCCAGCCAGUGUCACCGAUCCCCUCUGGUGCUCGCCUAUGAUCAGGCCCACUUCUCUGCGCUUGUGUCGAUGGAGCAGAAGGACAGCGCCAAGGAACAAGCUGUGAUCCCACUCACAGAUUCAGAGCAUAAGCUGCUGCCCCUGCACUUUGCUGUGGACCCAGGAAAGGGCUGGGAGUGGGGCAAAGAUGACAAUGACAAUGUCCGAUUGGCCAGUAUAAUUCUGUCUCUGGAGGUGAAGUUACAUCUGCUGCAUAGCUAUAUGAAUGUGAAGUGGAUCCCAUUGUCUUCUGAUUCACAAGCUCCUCUGGCUCAGCCUGAGUCCCCCACAGCCUCAGCGGGAGAUGAACCCAGAUCCACUCCUGAAUCUGGGGAAUCAGACAAGGAGUCGGUUGGCAGCAGUUCUGUUGGCAAUGAGGGCAGCAGGCGGAAGGAAAAGUCAAAGCGCGACCGGGAGAAGGACAAGAAGAGAGCAGAUUCCGUGGCUAACAAACUGGGCAGCUUUGGCAAAACCUUGGGCAGCAAGCUUAAGAAGAACAUGGGGGGCCUGAUGCACAGCAAAGGCCCCAAGCCUGGAGGACUGGGGAGUGGGUCUGGAGUAAGCAGUGGGACGGAGACAUUGGAGAAGAAGAAGAAGAACAACGCAUUGAAGAGCUGGAAGGCUGGCAAGGAAGAGGCAGCUGGGGAUGGGCCGGUGGCCGAGAAGCCUGCGUCCGAGUCUGUUGGCAAUGGAGGGAGCAGGUACAGCCAGGAGGUGAUGCAGAGCCUGAGCAUCAUGAGGAUCGCAAUGCAAGGGGAGGGCAAAUAUAUUUUUGUUGGAACCUUGAAGAUGGGCCACCGGCACCAGUAUCAGGAAGAGAUGAUCCAGCGUUACCUUGCAGAUGCUGAGGAGAGAUUCCUGGCAGAGCAGAAGCAGAAGGAGGCUGAGAGGAAGAUCAUGAAUGGAGGGUUAGUUAGUGGGCCUCCUCCAGCCAAAAAGCCAGAGCCGGACGCUGGGGAGGACCAGCCCAGUGACUCCCCAGCAGAGUCCAGGGCAAUGGCCUUCUCUCCUGCUUACCCUGGGGGCUUUACUAUUCCUCGACCUUCUGGGGGUGGAGUCCACUGCCAGGAACCCCGGAGGCAGUUAGCAGGGGGUCCAUGUGUAGGGGGCCUUCCAUCAUAUGCCACCUUUCCCAGACAGUACCCUCCUGGGCGACCCUACCCCCACCAGGACAGCAUCCCAUCUCUGGAGCAGCCAGGCAAAGAUGGAGUUCACAGGGGUGCCUUGUUACCACCCCAGUUCCGUGUGGCUGAUUCCUAUAGCAAUGGCUACAGAGAGCCCCCUGAGCCAGACGGAUGGGCCGGAGCUCCCCGGGGGCUUCCCCCAACCCAGACCAAAUGCAAACAACCGAACUGCAGCUUCUAUGGACACCCUGAGACAAACAACUUCUGCUCUUGCUGUUACAGGGAAGAACUGAGGCGGAGGGAACGGGAGCCUGGUGGGGAGCUGCUGGCGCACAGGUUCUGAUGGCUAGAACCUUCGUGGGGAAAGGGGCUGAACAAAGAAAGUUAAGCUCAACUCUGGCUCAUCAGGACCCAGCCCUGUUGAUGGGGCAAGUGCAGAGCUGUGUGUGGGAGCUGGAGUGCUGGCAGGCCGGCAAGAGCCAGGGCAGGCGAGCGCGACCCCAGGGCGAGCACGACCCCAGGCCAGCGCUACCCCGGGCGAGCAGUACUGCUCCUGCUCACAGUUGACUUGAGACUGCAAGGCAGAGGGGGAGGGUCUGUCUCAUAACCUCUUGCGCCCCAAUCCCGGGGCCCAAGGGAAAGUAGGGAACUACUAAGUGUGUGUGGGUGGGAGGUGGGUGGACACCUUCGGGGAGGAACCUGGAAAGAAAGUUCUCAGUCGGUUAAGGAAAAAAAUAGACCAAAGUUCACUGACUUUAGAAAAAAAGCACAUGGUGGUGUAGUUGGGAGUAUUGAGUGAUUCUAAGAUACUGAGCAAAUUUGAUUUUAGUUUGAAUUAGGUAGAUAUUAGGGUUGGAUAAAUUCUUCCUGAAGGAUCAAGGCAGUAAUGUAUGUGCUUGGCCUCGUUACACAGAAAGGGUAGUUUAAAUCCCAGUGAAUGGAAAUAGGAAAGGGAGGAACUUAAAGGUGAUUCUUUUCUAGAGAAUUUUAUGUUCUUCUAGAUACUCAUCUAUCAUCCAUUCUAGUUUUAGGGGAGGCUGCCUGUUGCCCCAUUUUUUCCUCAUCCUUUUUAAGGACUGAGCUCAGCUAAGUUAAGAUGUUGUGAUUUUUUUAAAAUAUUUUUUUAUUUUAAAAGCAAGUACCCUUUGGGAAAGAGAAGAGCAGUAAGAAAUGGCCUUGAAUGUGGGGUUUUCUUCAGGUGAGCGGGUGCAGAGUGAUGUAAUUUUUAACUACUUAGCAAUAACCACAUGUGGGUUUGAGCGCACCUGAGGAGGCGGAGGAGCCCAGGUGUUUGGCUAGACUGUUUGAAACAAUACCAAAACCUCGAUAGAGCACUAGCCUCUGCUGCUGUGUUUCUGUACAAAGCAACCUAUUUUACUAAUUUUUUAAAGAAAAACACGACCCUGACAAAAUUUAAAAGUUACUUACUCCCGCCCCUAUCUAAGUGAUUUUUUUUCUCCUUCCUGUCUACUUCUGGAGAAUGAUCUUAACAUCCUGGCUUCUUUUGUUAAGCCAUAGCUGACCUUAAUCUGUGGUUAGUUUAUUAAAGUAAUAAAAAAUACUUUGUAAGAAGAAUUAUUUUUGUAUUAGGACUGGUGUUGAAGCAUGGGAUGGGAGCUAGGGGCCACUUUGAAAGGGAGCGAGCUAGAGAAAUAUAUUUUAGUGACCUGUAGUCACGGGCCACAUAGUCCUGUGAGCUGAUCUGCCUUUGGAUUUCUCCCUUUUCCUGAGCCAGCCCUGUUCUCCAGAGGGGCAGGGGUGGACCCAGUGGUGAGAGCUCCCUUGCAAUUUGCACAAAGCACAAGUCUGGACAGCUUAUGCUCUGACCAGAGCUGUCUCUCAGAGCUUUAAACCCGAAGACUAUCCUGCGCCAAUUGUCCUUUCUCCUUAUUUUUUCCUGGGGAAAAAUCAUCUAUGCAAUUCUCUACACUUGUGUAUGCAAUGAGGGGGGAGAGGGAGUGCACUGCUGUGUCCUGAGUGUUACCUGGGCCCCCAGGGGUGUGAGUGCACUGCCGAGUCCAGAGUGUUACCUGGGGCUGUUUCUGGGCCCCAAUUUCUCUGCUGAGGUAUGUCAUCACCCACUGAUGGAAUGUAAUCCCCAUAUUUGAUGUAAGUCACAAAUGGCUAUAUGUGCAUGUUUGUGCGUGUGCGUGUGUGAGUUGAGACUCCAAUGCAUGUUUCCUUUGCCUAGUCAGGAAAAUGAUCACACACCCCUCUCUUUGGUAACAAAGCUAGUCAAGAUUUCUUUUUGGAAUUAAGUUUAAGAAGUUGUCCCCCACCCCCUCAAAAAGUUUGAAAGUCACUCACUUCCAAGUCUGCCAAUCUGUUGAUUUAAUAAUUUCCCAACAUCAUUUUUAGACUAUUUUUUAUUUGUUUCUUUGCUAUGUAGCUCUGGCUAGCCAGCCUGGUACUUGCUAUAUAACCCAGGUUAGCCUCUAACUCAUAGCAACAUUCCUGCCUCAGUCUUCUGAGAGCUGGUAACCAGGCAUGAACCACCACACCCAGGGUUUAGGCUGAAGCCGGUAUGAGACAAACAUUUCUGGCAGGUGCAUAAUUUAAAGAUCUACAAGGAAAUUGAGGGUUGGUUUUGUUUUGUUUUGUUUUAGAUAGGAUCCUAUCCUAUAGCCCAGGCUGGCCUUAAAUGUAUAUGAUCUUGCUUCAAACCUGCCAAGUGCUGGGAUUAUAUCAUACCAGACAUUUUUUUAAUUUCAGUAUGUAAACAUUAAAAACCCAAAUUGAACAAAACAUCAAAAUCUUAGGAUGUAUCAAGAAUGGUAUUAAGGUGAAAGAGGUGACAGCCCUUAAUUGAACAAAUAUAAGGACAAAUCCUGUCUAUUCAAAUUGUGAUAUGUUCACAAAGGUAUUUUUACAUUUUUAAUUUUUUUUUAAAUACUGCAUCAAGAUCGUAUUUCUCGAUUUCUGCGUUUUAAGCACUCCUUCAGUUUCUUCCCAGUGAGUGGUGGAUGAACGCCUCGUGCCUUGCUAUCAUCACCUUAGACUUGUCCCAGUUUCUGAAGCUUGAAUGACACAGGUGAGCCCUUCACCAGAGCCCUCCUCCUGACUGCAGCCACCCUGUGUGCAGUGCUGGUGUCCUCCCUCCCGCAGCACACUGAGAUCCUGCCUGCCUGCCUGCACGCCCGGGACUGCAGACAGCCCAGCAGGGGUUCUCCUUAGAAUAAAACCAGGGAAUUCCAUCUCUGUUGGACUGCUGGGUUUGGACUUGAUCUGUUCUUAGAUUGUAUUUAACACUCCUGUUUUUCAAAACUGAGGACAAAUGAAGAGAAUCAGAAAACUUG